AUGCAAGAGAUGGACAUUCUCAUUCUCGGAGCGGGCUGGACAUCGACAUUCCUGAUCCCGUUGCUAAAGGCCCGCAACUUGACAUACGCGGCGACAUCGACCACAGGGCGUGAGGGAACCAUCAAGUUCAAGUUCGACCCUUCGGAGACGGACCCUACCUACUUCAAUACUCUGCCUGCUGCUCGUAAUAUCCUAAUCACCUUCCCGCUCAACGAAAAGGGUCAGGCUCAUAGGCUGGUGUGGUCGUACAACUUUACGCACCAGCGUGUGUCAAACAAUGUCCGAUACCUUCAACUCGGAUCUACCGGCAUCUGGCAAAUUGACCAAAAGACGACGUGGGUCGACCGACACUCGCCUUACAACAAGGAGAAUGCACGAGCAAUAGCAGAGGACGAGCUGCUGUCUAUGAACGGCUGUGUGCUCAACCUUGCAGGCUUGUGGGGUGGAGAGAGACAGCCAAAGAACUGGGUCAGCAGAGUCGCGACCACCAAGGACCAAGUAAAGAGCAAGAAAAGCUUGCAUCUGGUUCACGGAGAGGAUGUGGCACGGGCAAUUCUUGCAAUCUUCGAGAAGUGGGAGCAGGGUCAUGCAUCAGGCUCACGCUGGAUGUUGACGGAUGGCCAGGUGUAUUGUUGGUGGUCGCUUAUGGCAGGCUGGGCAAAGGAAGGAAACCAUGUGGAUGAGGAGCCCAGUAAGCAGAGUCGUUGGGUGUAUGAAUUGAUGGAGGAAGAGGGUGUGAAGGCACUCCCAAGAGACAGCGAGACACUGGGCAGAUGCUACGACAGUCGCGACUUUUGGAAAACCUUCGACCUUACGCCCUUGAGAAGCAGGAUCUGA